AUGGACACCUUCAGAGUGUUGGGUGAAACUUGGAGUUACGAUGAAAAUGAAGAAGAUGAAGUAAUUGUUUUCACCGUACACGAUGAUGAGAAAGUUGAAAAAAAAAAUGAUGCUGAAUUCAAAGAAUUGAGUUGUGAAGAACUGAUCGAUACCUAUGAAAUGGUCGUGGCUGACAAAAGGCUUAAAGUUGCAUUGUUUAUAGGAUUCGUUGAUAUUGAAUUGGAGGUGAAGAUUUACGAUGAUUAUAGAAAUAUGCUUAAAGUUGCAGCGUUUAUUGCGGGUUGGAAGAAGGUGGAAACCUUGGACAGCGGUACGGCGAGUUCAGGAAUGUCUUCCUCGCCGCCGCCGCCGCCGUCCGAUGUUUGGACGUUGCCAUCAGGCGACGAUUCUUCAUUAUUGUCUCCACCGCCGCCGCCGUAUUCAGACUUCUAUUCUCCACCGCCGCCGCCGCCGCCGCCAUCUUCUGAUUCCGAUGGUGUUUCAAGAGCCUCGGCACCAUCCGAUUCUUCUUCGAACGAAAAUUCAUCCGAUCAAUACGAACCAUCACCUCCGCCGCGAUCAGGAUCUCACUCGCACCACCACCGCCACCACAACUCUCACUCAUUAACCAGUGAUAGGAUCAUCGGCGCCGCCGCCGGUGCGGCAGCGAUACUCGCCGUGGUUGUCCUCAUCGUGAUUUGCGUCGUGAGGAAGAAACGAAAGGCUCGUAAGUCCAAAUACUACGACGAUUCUCAGGAAAAUCCAAGUGGAUACUACGGCAACAAACAAGGGCAAAAUUGGAACAACAACUACCAGGACCACAUGGUAAAGAUCCCUCCUCAAUCCACCGGCUGGGCGAUGCCGCCGCGGCCGCCGACGGUGAGCAAUAGCGACGUUAGCUCCGGUGGCUUCAAUUCCGGUCCAGCACUGCCGCCGCCGCCGCCGCACACAGGGAUGGCCCUAGGGUUCAACCAGAGCAGCUUCUCGUACGAAGACCUAGCUGCAGCAACCUCGGGGUUUGCAAAAUCGAAUCUGCUAGGGCAGGGCGGUUUCGGAUACGUCUACAAAGGAGUUCUUCGCAACGGGAAGGAAGUUGCGGUGAAGAGCCUGAAGGCGAACAGCGGACAAGGGGAGCGCGAAUUUCAGGCGGAGGUGGACAUCAUCAGCCGAGUCCAUCACCGCUAUUUGGUGUCUCUGGUCGGAUAUUGCAUCGCCGGAGCUCAACGGAUGUUGGUUUACGAGUAUGUUCCUAAUGGCACUCUGGAAUUCCACCUUCACGGAGAAGGUCGGCCGCCAUUGGAUUGGGCCACCAGGCUUAAAAUUGCUCUGGGAGCUGCCAAAGGAUUUGCCUACCUACAUGAAGACUGUCAGCCUCGUAUCAUCCACAGGGAUAUAAAAGGUGCAAACAUUUUGCUAGAGAUGAAUUUUGAAGCAAAGGUUUCUGAUUUUGGAUUAGCUAAGCUUUCUCAAGACACCAACACUCAUGUUUCGACUCGAAUCAUGGGAACAUUCGGGUACCUAGCUCCUGAAUAUGCAUCUACUGGGAAGCUGACUGAAAAGUCCGAUGUCUAUUCAUUCGGGGUAAUGCUUUUGGAGCUGAUAACCGGACGGCGUCCUGUUGACUUAACCGAAGAAGAUGAAGAUAGUUUGGUUGAAUGGGCUACACCCAUCAUGGAGAGAGCCAUGGAAGGAGGAAGCUUCGAAGAGAUGGUGGAUCCGCGGUUGGGGAAGAACUACGAUGAACAGGAGAUGUAUCGCAUGCUUUGUUGUGCUGCUGCUGCCAUUCGACAUUCUGCAAGGCGACGCCCUAAAAUGAGCCAGAUUGUUCGCGCUCUAGAGGGCGACGUGUCUCUAAACGAUUUAAGCGUGAAGCAAGGCGGCAAGGCACUAAUGGGGUCUAGGAGCAACUCAGAUUUUGACCUAAGGCCCCUCGAAAAGGCCAAUGGAUCAUCCUCGUCUAGCCAAGAGUUUAACAGCGGCGACGAAGGGCGAACAAAUUCACGAGCCUAAACAACAGCCGAGAAUCCAAUAAAAUGAAAAGAAAAAAAAAAAAAAAAAAACAAA